GUGAAGGCGUGGUGAGUGUGGCUCAAUACGCGGCGGGUGUGUGCGCUACAGUAGUACCGGAGGAUGAACACGGACAGCGGCUGCACGGCGGCUCCCCUCCCCGGCAGGAGCGGCUGAACGGAGAGAGCUGAACGGGGAUCAAUAUGCGGCUGAAGCUGCACCUCUUCAGUACUUACAGCGGGAUCUAAGGAGCGCAAAGAUGACUGAGGGCCGACUGUGCCAAGUGCAGUUGCUGGAUAACAGGAAGCUCGAGCUGCUGGUUCAGCCGAAGCUGCUUUCGUACGAGCUCCUCGACUUGGUGUCCUCCCAUUUCAACCUCAAAGAGAAGGAGUUCUUUGGACUCUCAUUUUUUGAUGACAAUGGUCAGUGUAAGUGGUUGCAGAUGGACCGCAGGGUUCUGGAGCAUGACUUUUCAAAGAAGGCCGGGGCCAUCCCUCUGAACUUCCUGGUCAGGUUUUAUGUAGAAAACAUAACGCAGCUUAAGGACAUCAUAACGGUGGAGUUAUUCUACCUGAAUGCAAAAUCUGCUGUCUACAAUGGGAUUAUUGAAGUGGAAAGUGAGAACGUCUUCAAAUUAGCUGCAAAUGCUUUGCAGGAGGCUAAAGGAGACUACACAAGUGAUGAAAACACUCGAGCUGAUUUGAAGAAACUACCAACUCUCCCCACCAAAGUACUCAAGGAACACCCAUCUCUUGGAUACUGUGAGGAUCGAGUAAUUGAAUAUUACAAGCAGCUGAAAGGUGUUUCCCGAGGACAGGCCAUUGUGCAGUAUUUGACGUUAGUGGAAACUCUGCCAACGUAUGGCGUCCAUUAUUAUGAAGUGAAGGAUAAACAAGGAAUUCCGUGGUGGCUUGGAAUCAGCUACAAGGGCAUCGGCCAGUACGACCUGCAGGAUAAAUUAAAACCUCGAAAGCUUUACCAGUGGAAGCAGUUGGAAAACUUGUACUUUCGAGAGAAAAAAUUUGCCGUCGAAGUUAACGAUCCACACAGGAGAGCGGUAACCAAACGCACAUUUGGACAAACAGGACUACUCAUCCACACAUGGUAUGCCAGUCAUUCUUUGAUCAAGACCAUUUGGGUCAUGGCUAUCAGCCAGCACCAGUUCUACUUGGACAGGAAGCAAAGCAAAGUUAAACUAGGAACAGCCAGAAGUUUAGAGGAAAUUGCCAUGGACCUCACAGAGCACGGAGGAGCGAAAAUAAACAGACUGGGAGAUGUAGGCCUGAAGAAUAAUUUCAUAACAGCCAGCAAUGGGAGUCUGGUGUCUACAGGUUCUGCAGACUCUGAAAUGAGCGAGGAACAGAAGAAAGAAAAACUGUCGGAGCUGAGAAAAAAAGAACAGGAGAUCCAAGAUAUUCUGGCCAAGAAAACAAAGGAGCUGAAGAAGAUUUGUCUUAGAGAGGCGGAGCUUACUGGCAAGCUGCCCAAAGAGUAUCCCCUCUCUUCAGGUGAAAGACCACCACAGGUCAGACGGAGAGUCGGCACUGCUUUCAAGUUAGACGACCUUUUCCCUUACAAUGAGGAUCCCUUCCUGCGAAACCUGGAGAGCAGAUUUGCCCUUCAGCAAAAGAUUGUGGAGGCGGCUAAGAAGCUCGCAAAUGAGCCAGAACUGUGCAAAACAGUGAAAAAGAAGAGGAGGAGAAACUGUUUGGAUGCGAUGCACAAACUCCAGCAGAUAGAGGACGAGAUGAACCAGUACAGAAUCAAGAAGGGAAAGAAGCCCACACAGCGGGCUUCAGUGAUCAUUGCUGACGAACUCAUACGCUCAGACUGUAGCUCUCUGUCUAGUCUCCCACUGGAUGAUGAUGACUCAGACAGUGCGGGCCAAAGGCCUCGGUCACGGUCGGUCCAAGGUUCCCCUCAGCUGAGUCCGAUGCGAUCGCUGGGAGCAGAAUAUGAUGUGGAGCGACAGGCAUCCCCGCGGGAAAAUCACCACAACAAGAACCACAGCAGAUUAGCUUUUGAUGGCCAGGAGGCUUCCCAUUACUACCAGAAUCCAAGAGAGGUGUCCUCCACCCACAGUAGUCCCUAUAAAACCCUUCCCAGACCUCCUAGAGAUCCACGCAGCAUGCCUCCCACCCCGGUUAUGACCCGCAAUGCCUACAGCAGCAGCCAGCUCAGGUCGGAGGGCUCUCCUCAUUGCUUCAGGCAUCGUAGUGGAAGUCUGGAGUCUCAACCCCGAAUAAGAAAAGACACAGACUCGGAGAAGCCUGUCUUUAUCUUGUCACCAGCCCAUCGCAGCAACAGCACAGAGGUGUUAGAGGAUUGUUCCUCCUACACCAGCCAGUCCAGCCUGGACUACUGCGGGGCAGCCAACUCCCACUACAGUACACUGGACUCCCGUACCUCAACCAUGCAUCGCCUUCACAGGAAAGUGGAAGUGUAUGGUAACACUGGCAGCAUGCCCAACCUGGUCCAGCACCAUUCUGGUUGUAGUUACUCAUGUGAGGCCCCAACACACUAUGCACCCAGUGCCUACUAUGUCUCCGGCUACCCCUGCCCGGACAUGGAGCCUUACGCUAACGGUGCCUACGUGUACGAGAACGAUGUCGAAGGCCACUACAACGUCAACCCGUCCUACCAAAUGAAUGGCUAUCACGCUCACGACAGGUACAGGCAUUACAGCAGCGAUGGGGCAGAUAGUCUUUCUCAGAAUCCUUACGCCACAGUGAGGCCGCCGAGGACCAGGGAGGGGCCCAGAACCGAGCUGUUGGCCAAGAACAUGCAGAAGGCCCUGGUGGCAGAGCACCUGAGAGGCUGGUACCAUCGGAGCCGAGGCCACAGGGACGGAGGAAGAGGGAUGCUGGCUGGAUAUGACUUCGACAGCGGCUCUCAGCUCAGUCUGGGCUACCAAACCAUGCCAGCAGCCUUCAGCCACUCAAGCCGAACCACCUCUUUCUCCUCAGUGUCCUCUGCAGAGAGCGCAGGGAACUGGCGCAACCAGCUGGCAGUCGGCCUGACAGAGUUUGAUACAGCCGACACACCUCAGUACCCUCAUCCUGGAGCUCCAGCAUCUCUGUACAACCGCAGUCCCACACACAGCAGAAUCUCUCCAGACAACAAAGAGUCUGGCACAAUGCCUAAAAAAUCUGAGUCUGUAGAUGUGGCUGGUGCUGAGGUCACUAAUACAGAUGAACCAUCAGACAACCAUUCUAGCACUUAAGGAUUUCACCUGGACGGAGGCUACAUGAGCAUCCACUGAAGAGGACCAAACCAAACUUUGGCACAAACAAAGCCAUGGCCAGCAGCACAUGAAGGGAAUGAAGUUGAAACACAGGCUGUACACAGACUACUUAGCUGCCAUAUCACCGUCUUUGGAAAUAUUCUGUCCUUUAGGUUUUGGCAGAGAGGUGUAAGCUGUCCUCAUGUUAAAGUAACACAGUGAUGACACUCUUGAAUGACUUUCCCAUGUGCCUUGGAUUGGAUGAAUUGUACAGGCAGAUGAGAAUGUGUCAAGAAACUUUAAGAUGUUGCACAAACCACACACACUGGAUUCAAACCCGAUUGUGUAUUAAAGAAAAAAAGAAGAGGCAACGUGUUUUUACUGAAUCCACAUCCAUGUAUUUUAACAGGAACUAGUUACUGCCUUAUACAAAACAGUAGGUUAUAGAAUAAAAAACAUCACCACUUUCAUCUCAGUAAAAUAUGGUAAAAAAAAAUAGUCUUCAAUAUAACAUCUGAAUGUUCACAACUGUGACAUGACAAGAGCUGGUUUGAUCAUCAUUAGAGCAGACUGUGUAUUUGAUGAAUUCCCAUUUCUUCAUUCCUUUCAACUUUGAAUCAGAAUGUAUUAUGUCCAUAUUGUUUAUAGAACCAUUUGUCUUUGUUGGUGCAGUAAUGUGUUUUUAAAAUGCAUGGUGAGAAAAAUUCUUUUGAUAACAAUUUCAGUCUUUUUUUAAGAUUAACAGAAGACCACUGCCAUAAGAACCAUAUCCACAUCCUGUUGUCUGUUUUCUCACAUAUUUGUACAGUCAGUGUGUAGUUAUACGUUGUUAGAUGUUGUCAUAAAAUAUUUUCCACUGGGAACGAGGAGGUGAAUAAAUAUAGGUGUGACACAUA